GGCUUUUACAAAUAGAGUUCGGCAACUAUUUCCAAAUAAUUCAAGUAGAAGAAAACUAGUGAGAAGGCACCAAAUGUUUUGAUUGACUGCUAGCAAAACUGCACUUGCACAGCGAGUCGCACAUCAUGUCAUGGAUCGAGCUAACCUUAAGGCACGAAGCAUCACAACCUACCAACAAACUCAAUAGCAAGGCACCUUCCUCACAAAUUGGUAGUUAAUAUUUUACAAGAAAACUACAACUUCUUCAAAACAAUUCAAACAGUCGCAAAUAAAAAUUAUUGAGCAGGUGGCAUACGUUUUCAUUGACUGACUUUGAAGCUAAAUCCCAAAAAGCAUCCAUUCAGGCAUCUCGUUAAUUCCCCGUGUAUGCAUGGGUGACUACAAAACCGAGUGCCCACUAGAGUAGUAUGGUGUAAGUAAAACAUUGCCUCUAUCAAAUAGCAAUGGCGUCCCUAGGUGUCUUCGCUAUUGUUUGGCUUCUUUCUAUCUUCAUCACAUUUUCCAAUUUGUUAGCCACCUCCAAUGAAACUGAAAAUGAUCGACAAGCUCUCCUUUGCUUCAAGUCCCAGAUCUCUAGCUCAGCACAGGUUUUCGUCUCAUGGAGCAAUGCAUCGUUUGAAUUUUGCAACUGGAAUGGAGUCACUUGCAGUGCACUGUCUCCCCGUCGUGUCAUUGAGCCAAACCUUCCAUCAGAAGGUAUCACAGGCCCCAUAUCACCUUGCCUCGCCAACCUCUCAUCUCUUGAAAAGAUCCAACUAUCAAACAAUAGCUUCCAUGGCGGCAUACCGUCCGAGUUCCGCCUCCUGCGCCAACUGAGAUACCUCAACCUCAGCAUGAACUCCUUGGAAGGUAAUAUCCCAGCUGACCUCUCUUCAUGCUCCCAGCUUCGAAUUCUAGGUUUGUGGAACAAUUCCCUCCAAGGUCAGAUCCCACCUGCCCUAAGUCAGUGCAGGCAGUUUCAAGAGAUUAACCUUAGAAACAACAAGCUCCAAGGGAGCAUCCCGUAUGCUUUUGGGAAUCUUCAUGAGCUGCAAAUACUAGAUCUUUCCAGCAAUAAUCUUAGAGGCAACAUACCGCCAGCAUUGGGCAGCAGCCUUUCUCUCACUUAUGUUGAUCUAGGGAGCAAUGCUCUCACUGGGGGCAUACCAGAGUCCAUCAUGAACAGUUCAUCUCUCCAAAUACUCAAGCUCAUGAAAAAUAAUCUUAGUGGAGAAGUCCCAAAGGCUCUCUUCAACACCUUGUCACUUACAGUUAUAUCCUUACAACAGAACCAACUUGUGGGUUCUAUACCACCUGUUAUUGGCAUCUCUCCCCCUGUUAAACAUCUUGAUUUAGGAGAGAACCAUCUCUCAGGAUCAAUACCUUCCUCGAUAGGGAACCUUUCCUCCCUAGUUUCUAUUUAUCUUAAUCAAAACAAACUAGUUGGGAGCAUACCAGAGUGCUUAGGUAAUAUUUCAACUCUAGAAAUAUUGGACUUCAAUGGAAACAGCUUAUCAGGGCCUGUUCCAAAAUCUCUCUUCAACAUGUCCUCCCUGACAUAUAUUGCUGUGGCCGAGAACUAUCUUAUUGGACAGUUGCCUUCGGACAUUGGCUUCAUGCUUCCAAGUAUUCGGUGGUUAAUCCUCACUGGAAACAAAUUUGAAGGCCCAAUCCCGAUUUCUCUUCUCAAUGCAUCCAACCUCCAACGGCUUGAACUAGGUAACAACAGCUUAAGUGGGCUCAUUCCAUUCUUUGGGUCAUUACCAUAUUUAAAGGUACUUGAUCUGGGCAACAACAUGCUAGACGCUGGCGACUGGGCCUUUAUGUCUUCACUCUCAAAUUGCUCCAAACUAACGAAACUUUUAUUGGAUGGGAACAAUCUCCAAGGGAAAUUGCCAAGAUCUUUUGGCAAUCUUUCAAAAACCAUUGAAAUGCUGUGGCUAAGAAAUAACAGCAUUUCCGGGCCUAUACCACAAGAGAUAGGUAAUCUGAGGAAUCUUAAUGAGUUGCUCAUGGAUUACAAUCUUUUCAUUGGUAAUAUACCACAAAGAAUUGGAAAUUUUCACAAUUUGCGCGCUUUAUAUUUGUCACAUAACAAGCUCUCAGGCCAAAUCCCUGAUGCCACUGGCAACCUUGUUCAGCUGACUGAAUUGAAACUGGAUGGGAACAACUUGAGUGGAAGGAUACCUGCAACUAUAGGACACUGUAACCAACUCCAAAUGUUCAACGUUGCUCACAACUCACUAGAUGGGAGUAUACCAAGUAAAAUAUUCAAAAUUACUACAUUCGAGUUUGACUUGUCACACAAUUACUUGUCUGGACAAAUACCAGAGGAAGUUGGCAACCUCAUCAACCUUAAAAAACUUAGCAUCUCAAAUAACUUAUUAUCAGGUAAUAUCCCAUCCAAUCUUGGCAGCUGUGUGGUUCUGGAGUAUCUUGAGAUGCAAAACAACUACUUGGCCGGAAGCAUUCCACAAUCUUUCAUGAACUUGGUAAGCAUCAAGGAUAUGGAUAUUUCUCGAAAUAGAUUGUCUGGAGAGAUCCCGGAGUUCCUCGCAGCCUUGAGUUCUCUGCAACAUCUCAAUUUAUCCUUCAACAAUUUCGAUGGAGCAGUUCCGAGAGAUGGAAUUUUUGACAAUGCUGGAGCAGUAUCCAUAGAAGGGAACGAGCAUUUGUGUACAAGUGUUCCAACAGGAGGUAUGCCUCUUUGUUCAGGAUUCGCCAACAGAAGAAGGAAACAGAAGAUCUUGGCACUGGUACUGGAGAUAGUAAUGUCAGUUGUUGCUGCAGUUAUAAUUAUUUUUUGCAGUCUAACUGCCAUUCAUUGGAAGAAGAGAAUGCAAGGAAAGACAAAUUUGCCAGAACUCAAUAAGCACAUUAAAAAGAUUUCAUAUAGAGAUAUCUUAAAUGCAACAGAAAGGUUCUCUUCUUCUAAUUUAAUCGGGUCAGGGUCAUUCGGAGUGGUUUAUAAGGGUAAUCUGCAUCACCUUGAAGAUCAAGUUGCCAUCAAGAUUUUUAAACUUGACAUAUAUGGGGCGGACAGGAGCUUCUUUGCAGAAUGUGAAGCCCUAAGAAACCUCCGCCAUCGAAAUCUAGUAAAAAUAAUUACUUUAUGCUCUUCAGUGGAUUAUACAGGAUCAGCCUUUAAGGCCCUAGUGUUCCAGUACAUGCCAAAUGGGAACCUGGAUUCGUGGCUGCAUCCAGUGGCCCAUAAUCGCGGGCAAAGAGAUAUUCUGACUUUAAGUCAAAGAAUCAAUAUAUCUUUGGAUGUAGCAUCUGCUUUGGAUUAUCUUCACAACCAAUGUGCAGCUCCAUUGAUACACUGCGACUUGAAGCCAAGCAAUGUUCUUUUGGACCUGAACUUGACUGCAUAUGUCAGUGACUUUGGCCUAGCAAGAUUUCUAUACGCCAGAAAUUCACAAAUAGAUUGUACGUCAACUCUGGCUUGUCUCAAAGGAUCCAUCGGUUACAUACCACCAGAGUAUGGCGUGAACAAAGAGAUAUCAACUAAGGGCGAUGUUUAUAGCUUUGGAGUGCUUCUGUUAGAAAUGAUAACAGGGAGUCGUCCGACCGAUGAAAAAUUUAGUGAUGGUACAGACCUGCAUGGCUUUGUAGAAAGAGCGUUUCCAGAGAAGAUCCAUGAGAUUGUUGAUCCCACGAUGCUACAAGACGAAAUUGAUGCCGCAGAGGUCAUGAAGACCUGUGUCAUUCCACUGGCACGAAUAGGACUCUCCUGCUCCGUAGCAUCGCCCAAGGAGCGGCCUGAAAUGGGACGAGUUUACACUGAGCUCCUUACCGUCAAGCAAAAGUUGUCAUACACCAAUGAUAACUGAAACAAAUUCACAAGACGGGCAGCUCGUUACAAAAGAGCACUGCAUGGGUAGUUGGGUACGGCUAUUCUACAAAUGUACUAACUGAUGCUUUAGGCUAUGCGUCUAUGCAUUUACAGUCUGUAUGGUUUCAAAUGUGCCUGCAUCUG